AUGACUAUAGAGCCUUCAUCCAGAAUCUCCCCGAAACCAAGCUCUUACAGGGAGGUACCCUAUGGAAGAGAGAUUCCCAAGCCUAAGACCAAGCUCCUUGCACAGAAAAGGACCAAUGGCCGCCCUUUCACUGCCGCUGACCUGGAGCGUUACCUUUUUCAAGCUAUGCAAGACUCUGAAGACGGGGAAAUAGCAGUUCCACUGCAUGUUGACUUCUCUGCCCGGCGGAUUCACACUGAGAAGCUGGUGAAGUUCUUCAGAGAUAACACUGGCGAUAAACACUUCGUCGAGAUUCCCGUUGAGCCCCUACGAGGAAAGGAAAACUGGCGUGAAUGGCUGGUUGCUAUGCAGCUCCUUCUUAUCCAGCACGGCAUCUGGGAAGUCGUUGUCAAGGACGCUACGAUGCCUCUGGCGAAAACACACCCGCUUUUUUACUGGUAUCAGCGCAUGCGUCACUGUGCCGUGGGACUGAUCUAUGUCCACGUCUCUGAUUUUGUUCGCAAGCAACCAUGUUUCCUUUCCGCAAUUGCCGAGAAUGACCCAGAUUCCAUCAUGACCCACCUCUUUGCUCACUAUAGUGAAGCCGAGGAGAGCUGCCCCCACGCUAACUCGAGCACCCACCAGCACUACCACCACCAUCAGUCGAAAUAG